GUUUCUUUUCUAAUUUCUUUCUACAGGGAGAGACGAAAGUUUCUCUGUCUUUCUCUUCUCACCACUUUCUUCUCUCUUUCCUCGUUUACUCUUUUCUUCUCACACACACAAUUCUCAGUUUGUGGGUUUCUUAUAAAUUUUACCUUUUCUCAAUUCUUUCUCCUUUUUUCCGAUUGAAAAAACCAUUUAUUUUGGUUUAUAAAUUUGUACCUUUCCUUAAAUUUAUUCACUGAUUAUAGAAUUAUAAGUAGCAAUACUCUGUUUCUAGGUGAUCUAUGGGUAAUUGUUUAGGUAAUUCUAAUUCAGCUCAAGUAGAUAACGCCAACUCAUCUCACAAUACUUCUGGUGCUUCAAAAAGUUCCAGCAAAAAUGGUCAUUCUACGUCUCCUGGUGGCCUCACAAUUUCAAUUUUCAGUAGAAAGAGUAUUGAUAGUCCAAGAUCUGAAGGUGAGAUAUUGGCGUCUCCGAAUUUGAAGGCUUUCUCUUUCAAUGAGCUAAAGAAUGCCACUAGAAAUUUCCGUCCUGAUAGUCUCCUUGGAGAAGGAGGAUUUGGUUAUGUAUUCAAAGGAUGGAUUGAUGAUCAAACUUUUGCUGCCACGAGACCUGGAUCUGGAAUGGUUGUUGCUGUCAAGAAGCUUAAACCCGAAGGUUUCCAAGGCCACAAGGAGUGGUUGACGGAAGUUAAUUAUCUUGGCCAACUUCAUCAUCCUAAUUUGGUUAAACUUGUUGGGUACUGCUUGGAUGGUGAAAACCGGCUACUGGUUUAUGAGUUUAUGCCAAAAGGAAGCUUGGAAAAUCAUCUUUUUAGAAGAGGGCCUCAACCACUCUCCUGGGCAAUAAGGAUCAAGGUUGCUAUAGGUGCUGCUAGAGGGCUAUCGUUCUUGCAUGAUGCAGAAUCACAAGUCAUAUAUCGUGAUUUUAAAGCAGCGAAUAUUCUUCUCGAUGCGGAUUUUAAUGCAAAGCUUUCAGAUUUUGGGUUAGCCAAAGCAGGUCCUACUGGUGACAAAACUCAUGUUUCCACGCAAGUCAUGGGCACACAAGGUUAUGCAGCACCUGAAUAUGUUGCCACGGGUCGGCUUUCUGCAAAGAGUGAUGUUUAUAGCUUUGGAGUUGUGAUGUUAGAACUAAUUUCUGGGCGCCGUGCAGUAGAUAAGACAAAAGUGGGUAUAGAACAGACUCUGGUGGAGUGGGCUAGGCCAUAUUUGGUUGAUAAACGCAAGUUAUUCCGGAUUAUGGACACCAAGUUAGAGGGCCAGUACCCCCAGAAAGGAGCACUCAUGGCUGCCACCCUUGCGUUACAGUGUCUCAAUGGUGAUGCGAAAGCACGUCCAAAAAUGUCUGAUGUCUUGAACACUCUUGAUCAGAUCCGAGCGCCUAGGGAUACCAAAUCCGAGCAGCAAUCACUUCCUAGUCCUGUUCGUAGAUCACCAAGAAGUCAUGCUGCAGGUUCACCAAGGAGAUAUCAUCAGCCCUCUCCUCUAAAUAUUACUCCUAGAGGCUCCCCAUUGCCUUCUCGCCUGUCCCCACGUGUACAAUAAGGAGAACACAUUGCAACUUCUCUUCUUCAACAGUGAAUAUAUGUAAAUUUAUCUUCUGUACACGUUUUGUUAUCUAAUUGUAAUGAGCUGGUUUGAGCUUGAACCCUGUAUGUUUUGAGGCUUUCAAUGUCUGAACUCUAACAGAACCUUCUGUCAUACAUCGGUAUACAUAUUACAUC